AUGGCUCCAACUAUAAAGAAAGCCCUCAUCAACGUAGACAUGGGAGAGGCCUAUGGCAACUAUGUUUGCGGUCCGGAUAAAGAAUUAUUGCCUAUGAUUGACCAUGCUAACGUCGCAUGCGGUUUUCAUGCCGGCGACCCUCUAAUUAUGGACGAAACGGUCGCUCUCUGCAAAGCCCACCGAGUCAAAAUUGGUGCUCAUCCAGGUUUACCUGACAUACAAGGAUUCGGUAGAAGGGAGAUGAAGUUGUCUCCAGAAGAACACACUGCCAAUGUUGUAUAUCAGAUCGGCGCCCUCAAGGCCUUUCUGGACCGUCACGGUGUUGAAAUGCACCACGUCAAACCACAUGGUAUUCUAUACGGAAUGAUGGUCAGAGACAUUGAAGUGGCGAGGGCUGUAUGGGCAGCAGUACCCAAAGGAAUGCGCGUGUUUGGAUUGGCUGGUACACACAUGGAGACUGCAGCCAAUGAGGCAGGGCUUGAAUUCUGGGCUGAAUACUUUGGCGAUGUCAAUUACCGAGCGGAUGGCACGUUGAUUGUGGAUCGUAAAAAGAAGCCUUGGAAAAUUGAAGAUGUCAAGAAGCAUGUCGCAAAGCAGUUGCAGGAAAGUAAAGUUGUUGCUAUAACGGGUGAAGAAGUUGAUCUUCCUGUUGCGGAUUAUCCCAUUACUAUUUGCUGUCAUUCGGACUCGCCUGGUUGCGUUGAGAUUGUUACUGCUACGAGAGAGGUAGUGGAUGCGUUUAACAAAGAAAGAGGCGUAUAA